GGGGGAAGGGAGGGGCGUGUCUCCCCGAGAUCAGGGUGGGGCCGUGGUCCAGAUGGUCAGUCUCCUGAUGGCCAGCCUGGCCUGACAGGAGAGCUGAAGCCCCACUCCCCACCGUGCUGGCUGGGCCAGGCGGGGUGAGGGUAGGGAAGACAGAGAAGGUCAUAAUCGGCGAGGCGAGGGAGGUUCCUGCGGCGCCUCGGCUGUCAGCGCGCCGUCGCCCACCCCACUUCCUCCGACAGCCCGCUGCGCGCGAGGAGGCGCGGGGAUCCCAGCGCGCAGCUCGCCACGCCCUGGCCUUUGCCGUGCGGGCCCCAGCCAGAAUCUCACCCCAACCCAGCCUUGGGGGAAGAGGGGACCUCCUGACAUCUGUGUCUCCACAGAGGUUGGAGCUGGACAGAGCAGCCUCCAACCGUUAGGAUGACCUCGCCCUCCAGCUCUCCUGCUUUCAGGCUGGAGACAUCAGAUGGAAGCCAGGAAGAUGGCACCAAGGGGGACAAAGGAAAUCUAGGCCAUGGGGAUGGGCCUGCCCCCAUGGAGUCACCAUUCCAAGGCGAAGACCGGGACUUCUCCCCUCAGAUCAAAGUGAACCUCAAAUACCGAAAGGGAUCAGGUGCCUGCCAGCCAGACCUAGACCGCUUUGAUCGUGACCGGCUCUUCAGUGUGGUCUCCCGGGGUGCCUUGGAGGAGCUGGCUGGGUUGCCAGAGUACCUGCGUCGGACCAGCAAAUACCUCACUGACUCGGAAUACACAGAGGGCUCCACAGGGAAGACAUGUCUGAUGAAGGCCAUGCUGAACCUUCGGGAGGGCACCAAUGCCUGCAUCCUGCCGCUGCUGCAGAUUGACCGGGACUCUGGCAAUCCCCAGCCCCUGGUCAAUGCCCAGUGCACAGAUGAGUACUACCGAGGCCACAGUGCUCUGCACAUCGCCAUCGAGAAGAGGAGCCUGCCGUGUGUGAAGCUCCUGGUGGAGAAUGGGGCAGAUGUGCACGCCCGGGCCUGCGGCCACUUCUUCCAGAAGCGGAGCCAAGAGGCUUGCUUCUACUUCGGUGAGCUGCCCCUCUCUCUGGCCACGUGCACCAAACAAUGGGAUGUGGUGACCUACCUCCUGGAGAACCCACACCGGCCGGCCAGCCUGCAGGCCACUGACUCCCUGGGCAACACGGUGCUGCACGCCCUGGUGAUGAUUGCCGACAACUCGGCAGAGAACAGUGCGCUGGUAACCGGCAUGUACGACGCGCUCCUGCAGGCUGGCGCCCGCCUCUGCCCCUCCGUGCAGCUUGAGGACAUCCCCAACCUGCAGGGCCUCACGCCCCUGAAGCUGGCCGCCAAGGAGGGUAAAAUCGAGAUUUUCAGACAUAUCCUGCAGCGGGAGUUCUCAGGGCAGUGGCAGCCCCUUUCCCGAAAAUUCACUGAGUGGUGCUAUGGGCCUGUCCGGGUGUCGCUGUACGAUCUGGCUUCUGUGGACAGCUGGGAGGAGAACUCAGUGCUGGAGAUCAUUGCCUUUCACUGCAGAAGCCCGCACCGACACCAAAUGAUUGUUUUGGAGCCGCUGAACAAACUGCUGCAGAGGAAAUGGGAGCUGCUCACCCCCAAGUUCUGCUUCAACUUCCUGUGUUACCUGCUCUACGUGAUUAUCUUCACCACUGUUGCUUACCACCAACCUGCCCUGGAAAAGCAGGCUUUCCCUCCCCUGAAAGCCACGGCUGGAAACUCCAUGCUGCUGCUGGGCCACAUCCUGCUCCUGCUCGGGGGGCUGUACCUCCUUUUGGGUCAGCUGUGGUACUUCUGGCGGCGCCGUCUGUUCAUCUGGAUCUCCUUCCUGGACAGCUACUUUGAGAUCCUCUUCCUGCUCCAGGCCCUGCUCACAGUGCUGUCCCAGGUGCUGUGUCUCCUGGCCAUCGAGUGGUACCUACCCCUGCUUGUGUCCUCGCUGGUGCUGGGCUGGCUGAACCUGCUGUACUAUACACGUGGCUUCCAGCACACAGGCAUCUACAGCAUCAUGAUCCAGAAGGUCAUCCUGAGGGACCUGCUCCGCUUUCUUCUGGUCUACUUUGUCUUCCUUCUUGGCUUCGCUGUAGCCCUGGUGAGCCUGAGCAGGGAGACCCAGGGCCCCAAGGCCCCCACAGGCCUCAAUGCCACGGAGGCGGCACAUCGCGGGGUGGGACAGGACUCCAAGGGCAGCGUGGCCCCGUAUGGGGGCAUCCUGGGCGCCUCCUUGGAGCUUUUCAAAUUCACCAUCGGCAUGGGCGAGCUGGACUUCCAGGAGCAGCUGCGCUUCCGUGGGGUGGUGGUGCUGCUGCUGCUGGCCUACGUGCUGCUCACCUACAUCCUGCUGCUCAACAUGCUCAUCGCCCUCAUGAGUGAGACCGUCAACAGCAUAGCCACCGACAGCUGGAGCAUCUGGAAGCUGCAGAAAGCCAUCUCUGUCCUAGAGAUGGAGAGUGGCUACUGGUGGUGCCGGCGGAAGAAGCAGCGGGCAGGGGUGAUGCUGACGGUGGGCACCAGGCCGGACGGUAGCCCUGAUGAGCGCUGGUGCUUCAGGGUGGAGGAAGUGAACUGGGCCACAUGGGAGCAGACGCUGCCCACUGUAUGUGAGGAGCCGGCGGGGGCCCGAGUCCCUGGCACCACGAGGAACCCCACCCUGGCCUCCCAAUGUGGGGAGGACGAUGCCUCAGAGGAAGGCCAUGUGCCCCUCCAGCAACUGGGGCUCCACUGAUGGUCCAGACACAGCAGGAGCCAGCAGGACAGAGCAGGGGUC